CCGAGCAGCGAACCGACCGAGUUUGCGCAUUUCUAUGCCGCAAAGCGCGCUUGCUUCUCUGCCGUGCUGCUGCCCUCGUAUAAGGCGGGGCGGUUCCGAGCAACGACGCCCCCCAGCCAGUCCGGGCGAACGCCCUCGCGUCUACAGUCCGUGUACGUCCCGCUUGACUCUAUAAAAGUUAUAGAUUUAGCUCUAAUAGAGUCGCGCGAGCUAACUACGUACUAUAUAGAUUCUUUUAUAUAUAGGGCGGUUUGCCUUAGGUAUUUAUGUACGUUAUUACUUAAUUAGCUCGCGCGACCCUACCGGAGCUAAUAAAUCCGCAACUUCUAUAGAGUCGGCGGUGACUUUGCAUGUCGUGACCUUCUUCCAGUUCCACCAAGGACCGCUAGGGGAAGCCAAGCCCGACACCGCCAUCGCCAUGGCGAGGCCACAUCUCCUGCUCUGCUUCGAUGCAUUCGGCACCCUCUUCCGUCCCAAGCGCUCCGUCGCGCAGCAGUACGCCGAGGUCGCGCGCCAAUGCGGCCUCACGGGCUUCACCGACGGCGAGCUCGAGGCGUCUCUCAAGGCGGCGUUCAAGGACGAGGCCACGCGGAACCCCAACUAUGGCCGGGCGACGGGCCUGGGCGCGACCAAGUGGUGGACGAAUAUUAUCCAAAAGACCUUUACGCCGCUGAUCAGCAGCAAGAACAACAAUAACCACUGCUCGCUGCCAACGGAACUGGCUCCCCGGCUGCUGCAUCGCUUCGCGUCCAAGGAGGGGUACGACGCCGAGCCGAACCUAGUGUCUACUCUUCGGGCUCUCAAGCGCCCGGACCACACGAAGCAUUUUGACAGCAUCGUCAUUGGCGUCAUCACCAACUCGGACGACCGCGUCCCGGACAUCCUAUCCUCGUUUGACCUCAACGUCAGCCCUUUGCGGUACGGCACAGACGUGGACACUAGCGUUCUCGCGCGUCGCGACUACGACGUCGACUUCCACUGCAUGUCCUACGAUGUAGGCGUCGAGAAGCCCGACAGGCGCAUCUUUGACGCGGCGAGCGGCCUGCUCGUCCGGAUCCUCGCUGCACGGGAGGGCAUGUCCGAAGCCGAGGCCGAGGCGGAGAUUGGCAGGACGUGGCGUAGAGUGUACGUCGGCGACGAGCACGCCAAGGAUGUUGUCGGCGCCAGGAACGCGGGCUGGAGCCCCGUGCUUCUCGACCCUGAGGCCCACUCUGUCGGGACCGCCAGCGUGGAGGACCAUGGCGGGCAAACGCUGGAUGAGCUUUUCAAGGAACAUGGCGCUCUACGAGUCAAGUCGAUACGAAACCUGACCACCUGGCUGUCCAAUGGUGGCGAUUGGGGCGGUCGUGGCGAGAGAUAGCUGCUGCAUGAUAACACGAAUUAAAUGAGCCCCUAU